AGCAGUUGUCAGUCUCUACCGUCUAUACAUAAUAAGAAAAUGUAAACAAAAAUUUCGUAAUUUCUUCUCUGAAACAAUUUGUUCCACCACCGUUACAAUGAUAAUACAGCGUCGUCUCAUACCGCAUCUGGCACAGAUUUUCCGGUCGAAGCAUAAUCUGAUCUCAUUUUUAAAGAAUCCGAAAAGGGCCGUAAAAAAUGCACGAGCUGCCGAAACGAAACUGAACCUGUCUUUUGUGGAAUCUAUGGACGAUGGGUUCAUCAGCAAGUUUCCGAAAAGGAUAACCCGCACAUCCCAAGUAAAUUCGCUGGAUGCACAUCACUUGUACCUGGUCAAUGACGAAACAGCGACAAAGAUCGCUCGACACUUAACCGAAUCAGUCGAUCCAAGUAAAACGUUUGUCGAAACGAAUCCCGGUCUGGGUCUGUUAACCAAAUUGCUCGUCCAAAGUGACAUCACCGAUUUGCGGUUGUUUGAGGCCCAUUCGGAAUUUUCCGAUGAUCUGCAGAUGAUGUACACGGAUGUCCAGCCCGAUCGGGUGAAAUUGAGAAAUUUCGACUUAAUCACCCUGCACCGGUCCCUUUACGUAGAUCAAUUGACUGGCGGUAAUCGAAUCGAUAGGACACUUUCUGGACUGCCAUCGACCGAAUGGGAAAACGACACAAAUUUUACGCUGUUCGGUGCAACCGGAUCGAGUUCAUUCUUCUGGCACCUCAUCAAUUCGAUCGUGUACCAGAACAGCAUACUGGCGCUGGGCCGAUGUGAAAUGUACAUGGUUAUGCCGUCAUUGACGUACAUGACGUUGGCCGGCUCUAACAGCAGCGCACUUCAAUAUUACCGCUCCUUGUCGAUUCUGUUCCAAAUCUUUUUCGAGUAUCAACUUUUGGACAAAUUUCCGCGGGCGGAUUUCUUGCCGCACCUUAAGAACCCGCCACGAGUUGGUAAAUUGAACUUUAGGCUUCGGAACAAUGUCAAGGGGAUUCAGCUCGCGACAGUCGAUCCGGAAUUGAUGUAUUUCGUGAAAAUUGUUCCGCGGAGUGACUUAUACGAAUGCUGUCCACCGAAACAAAUCCAAGAGCUGUGGCAUUUCAUCUGCCUGCAUUGCUUCGCUCGCCAAAACCGGAUUAUUCCGCUAUUAGAAAAAUGGAUACCAGGCUGCGGUGCUCGAUUGCUAAUUGAUUUCUGUACAAAAGAACGCAAACGGCCGCAACGCAUCCACAAAUUUGAUCUAUUCGAACCACCGCCCAGCACCAAUCGAUCGAUGACAUUGUCCGACCGUGAUUAUUACGACAAUUUGAACAUUUACACCCAGUUCGGCGAUCUACAGCCAACGCAACUGUUGACGUUGUUCCGCGAAUUUCACGCGAUGCCCGAGUAUGCGAGUUGCAGUUUUGUGGCGUCGCUGGAGAGGGUUUUACAGAAGAAGACGGUCAUUAAGUCGGACGAGAGUAGUGGAAGUAGUGCAAGUAUCAAACAGGCGAGGGAUGUUCGGUAGUGAUUUUAGGAAAAUGGAGAGAAUUGAGAGAGAGGGAGAGGGAGAGAGAGAGAAAUAAAAGUUUUCUUAUGUUCAUGUUGAAU